AUGUCUUACGGCACGAUACAAGAGACGCCACCGGCGACUGGAUGUGCUCAGGUGCGCUUUGCUCCAGACACAUUACCACCGGCUGCAUCGCCAACUCACGCUGAUGAAGACGCGAGCUCCGAAAGGCAAGAUGCACCAUUACUAGAAAGAGCGGGGUCAGGACUCAAAAGUUUUUACGAGCGAAACUUUGGUCUUUUCCUCGUCUUCCUUGCUCAAACAUGCGGAUCCGUCAUGAAUAUAGCGGCAAAACUGCUGGCAAACGACCCUAGUAUAAAGUUUCAUGCGCUGCAGAUCAUCUUCAUCCGCAUGCUAUGUACGAGUAUCAUUUGCUCGAUAUACUCUUGGUACAAGGGCAUACCUGACUUUCCUUUUGGACAGAGAGGCAUCCGAUGGCUCUUGGUGCUACGUGGUACAGCAGGUUUUCUCGGCUUGUUUGGAUUGUAUUACUCUCUAUCAUGGCUGGAAAUCGCCGAUGCAACCGUAAUCACUUUCAUCGUUCCUACCACAACAGCUAUAGUCUGUUUCCUCUGGCUCCGCGAGCCCUUCACAUGGAAAGAAGCACUCUGCAGUCUCAUCGCCUUUACAGGCGUCCUCUUCGUGGCCCGCCCGCCCUGGUUAUUCCCACAGACUCACCGCCCUUCUUCCGAUGAUCCAAAAGUUCCAGUCCCCUCCGUCAGUCCCGAGCAGCGCGCUCUCGCCAUCCUGGCCGCCAUAGUCGGCACACUAGGAGCUAGUAUGGCCUACGCUACGAUUCGCGUUAUCGGAAAACGCGCGCAUUCUCUUAUAUCGGUCAACUACUUCUCCGUCAUCGCGACGUUGGUUUCCUUCAUCAUUAUCAUGGUGCACCCGGAUUUGCAUUUCGUCUUUCCUAAGACUAUCCUACAAUGGGGCUUCAUCGCCAUCAUUGGUGUGUUUGGCUUUUUGCUACAGUUUUUGCUUACCGAGGGGUUGCAAAGGGAAAAAGGUGGCCGAGCUACGAAUUUGACAUAUGUGCAACUAGUAUUCGCUCUCAUUGUGGAGAGACUCAUCUGGGGUACUACGCCGCCUGUAGAGAGUUUGGCGGGUGCGGUGCUGAUUAUUGCGGCGGCUGUUGCAGUUAGUCUGCAGAAGGAGGCGAGUAAGGGGGAGAUCAAAGUGAAGCAAGUCGAGGAUGAAGAAAGGAGGUUGUUGGAGAACCAGGCGGACUGA